AUGAGUGAUGACAGUGGAGAGGAAGACAGGGAGCUGAAAGUUGGUCAUAAACUGGUUGGCUCAGUGGAGCAGUUCUGGUCGAUAUACGGGCACUGUGUCAGGCCACAUGACAUGAAGGGCCACAGUGACUACCACCUCUUCAAGGAGGGCAUCAAACCCAUGUGGGAGGACGACGCCAACAGUCGCGGCGGGAAGUGGAUCGUGCGGCUGCGCAAAGGCCUGGCGUCGCGCUGCUGGGAGAACCUGGUGCUGGCGCUGCUCGGCGAGCAGUUCAGUGGAGAGGAGAUCUGCGGCGCCGUGGUCAGCGUGCGGCACAUGGAGGACAUCAUCUCCGUGUGGAACCGCACGGCCGCCGACACACCCACCACCGCCCGCAUCCGGGACACGCUCAAGCGCGUGCUCAACCUGCCGCACAACACCAUCAUGGAGUACAAAACGCACACGGACAGUUCAG